CAAAGCUACUUAACGGAGUCAUCCAAGUGGGUAAAAAAACUUGGGGUUACACGGAAUCGAUGUAACAAGGGCUCUUCAUAUAACUCUUCCAGUCAGAAAGCCAAGAGGGUGACUCUUAAUUGGAUCACAACUCCGGAAGCCGAGUCAUCAUCGUCACCAUCGAUCGAAGAAGACGACUCCAUGGUGGUCUUGAGGCUCAUAUGCUUCUUACUAGGGUUAUCGUUCUGUUGGAAUUUAGGGCAUGCUCUGAAGCUGCCUUUUCGACCUAACGACGUACUGCCGGUUCUUCCUCGCCAGCUAUCCUGGCCCUUGCUUAAUAAUCUGCACAGUGCUGUCGAUCUGUUGCCUUCUUUCGUUGGAUCCGUCGGCCCGGAUGGCGAAUCCGUUGACUGGAAAGGGACUUGCUUUCAUGGCAACGAAGCUCGACUCGAAUUCAUCCCUCAGAGUGGCAAAAGCGAGUUAGGAGGUGGCAUUCUCCAUGUCAAGACCAGUGCUGCUCACAGCUGGACUUGUAUGGAUCUUUAUGUAUUUGCAACACCCUACAGAGUAACGUGGGAUUACUACUUCUCUGCUCGAGAGCAUACGCUGGCGAUUGAUUCAUGGGAAGAAACUGCUGAGUUGGAAUACGUAAAGCAACAUGGGAUAUCUGUGUUUCUUAUGCCAUCAGGAAUGCUGGGAACUUUGCAAUCUCUGCUUGAUGUCUUGCCUUUGUUUUCAAACACUGGCUGGGGUCAGAGUGCCAACCUAGCCUUUUUAAAGAAGCACAUGGGAGCCUCUUUUGAAAAGCGUUCUCAGCCUUGGCGUGCAACCAUCAACCCAGAGGAUGUUCAUUCUGGUGAUUUCUUAGCAGUCUCAAAGAUCCGUGGUCGUUGGGGUGGAUUUGAAACUUUAGAAAAAUGGGUAACAGGUGCAUUUGCUGGUCAUACAGCAGUUUGCCUGAAGGAUGAAAUGGGCAAUCUUUGGGUUGGUGAAUCAGGGCAUGAGAAUGAGAAGGGAGAGGAAAUUAUAGUAGCGAUUCCAUGGAAUGAAUGGUGGGAACUUGCACUUAAGGAUAGUUCAAACCCCCAUAUUGCUUUGCUUCCACUACAUCCUGACUUGCGUGCAAAGUUUAAUGCCACUGCAGCAUGGGCCUAUGCUCGAAGCAUGUCAGGAAAGCCAUAUGGCUACCAUAACAUGAUAUUCAGUUGGAUUGAUACCAUUGCGGACAAUUAUCCACCACCUCUGGAUUCUCACUUGGUCAUAUCUUUCAUGUCUAUGUGGACCAGAAUACAGCCAUCCUACGCUGCUAACAUGUGGAAUGAAGCCCUAAACAAGCGGCUUGGGACUGAGGAUUUAGACUUGUAUGGGAUUCUUGCUGAGACUGAAAUCCGUGGGAUGACCUUUGAUCAAUUGCUUACCAUACCAGAACAAGAUGAAUGGGUGUAUAGUGAUGGGAAAUCAACCACUUGCGUUGCCUUCAUCCUGGAAAUGUAUAAAGAGGCCGGAAUUUUUGGCCCCAUUUCAAGCUCCAUUCAGGUUACUGAGUUCACUAUUCGUGAUGCGUAUAUGCUCAAGAUAUUUGAAAAUAACAGAACUCGUUUACCAAAGUGGUGUAAUGAUGAGGAUGGGAAGCUUCCAUUCUGCCAGAUACUAGGUGAGUAUCGCAUGGAGUUGCCACAUUACAACACCAUCGAGCCAUAUGCGAACAUGAAUGAGAAGUGCCCUUCUUUACCACCAACAUAUGAGAGGCCUGUAAGUUGCUGAAUAACUUGCUGGUAUUAUUUAUGGUAUUGGGUCCUUCAUAGUCUCUUAGACAUUAUCCACGAGGUUGUUUAACAUAUUCCGUAAGCUAUUGAAGUUCUCUUCUAUAUAAUUAUCACAUGGAUUUGUCACAAUAUUACACCAUCAAUCCAUAUGAGAAGAUGAGUGAUAAGUGUCCUUACCACUGAUAUAUGCGAGGCCUGUAAGCUGCUGAAUAACCAUGUCAUAUUGUCCUGCAAAGUCUCUUGCCAAGGUUGGAUAACAUCAUCCUUGAGCUAUUGACGUUCUCUUUUCUAGAAUUAUACAGUUGAAUGUAAAUAUCUUGCAUGCUA